CAAGAGACAAACGGUUUCCGGUUAUACACAGCCAUCAUCAAAGGUAUCAUUCCAGCAUAAUAAUCAUCUUCCAAUAACUAAUUAAAGCACAACGGGGGGAUUAUUUGGUGAACUAAUUUUUAAUCAAACCAUGACGUAAAUGAACAACUUAAUUCACUAUACGACAGCUCACAGACAAUCAAAACAACAGGAUCCGAACUUAAAUAAUCAAUGCUGGCUAAGAUGAACCCUUACAAUUUGCAGACAAUAAGUUAUUUGUCUUAAAAUAAUUUUUUCUUUGACAACUAUAAUCCAUUAUUUGUGUCAAGUUAUAAUCAUCCUUAGGUAGUUUCCAUGACAACAGUCAGUCAUUUAUUCAUUCAUUAAUAUUCAACGCCAUCAUUUCGACACUUCUUCAUCAAGCGAUGGCAUGCCAGUUUAACGGUUGAAUUCUUCGUUUGUCCGAUCAUCUUCUUCAUGGAAGGCAGUGAAGAAAGAUUCGUGUGGAGCUUAAACCAUGAGUUCCUGCUUAAGGAGAUAAAAAUGGAUACAAAAGUCAGAUGGUAAAUUUUAGUCGAAGUUCUUCAGCGUUAAACCUCAUAUUUUUACGUUGAAAGUUUGAAAAGUUCUUCUGAGUUCUGGUCUUUCGGCACUUCUUGUAUCAAUGGUCGACGUUAAUGGAGCUGCAAGCUCUGGAGGCAACACGACAACACGCUGGAGAGGUCUCGCCUCCUUAAAACCCGACAACACAGCCAAGGAACACAGCAAUGAAUCUAGCAAGCAAAAUACUAAGCCAAGUAUCAAACCACGAGAUUCUGACCUUGAUAGUGAUGUCGACAUCAGCUUAAUUCAAAGUAGAACAUACUUAUUAUCAGCAGGCAUUGGAGAUACUAAUAAAAACUAUAACAAAUAUAAAGGAAAAAUUGGAUUGGUGGUAUGGAUUAUCAAUAUGUUUAUCCAUUUUGGUUUAGAUUUCUACGAAGCGAAUACCAUCUUUGACAUUUCCUGGGCCACCUGUAUAGGAUUGUUUCUAGUCACUCUUGUUGCUUGUUGUAUUUCAAUGGUUAAAUAUUCUAUUCCAUGGUUUCUGAAAGGAGUCAAGAAGCUUAAGAAAGAUGGUAACUACCCGAAGACCCUCAAACGAGUGAGGCUUAUUGUGAAGUUCAUGCCGCUGAUAUCCUUAGUAUUUGCCGUGGGCRCUGCAGUCGGUCAGUUCGGCUGCUACUGGGCCGAUGGAGCUCUACGCGUUAGCUUCAACACCAAAGCAAACGCGACAGUGAUGGUCUCGAAGGAUGUGGAAACGUUCCUCAAUGUGCUGCGAGCGACAAGUUUGGUGCACGUUUUUUACGGGUUCUGUUCGCUGUUGGUUUUCCACAUGACACUUAUCUUCAUGAUUCAGAGCUCGAUGGACGAAUACAAUGAACGAAUGGGAAAGCUCUUCCGUGAAGUUCCUAUCAGCAUCUGCUUCUCCGAUGCCGUUAAUUUAUUCUCAGCACGCGCCAAGUUCGUUCGAGACGCAAGCCAGAAAAGCUCGGUGGUUCUUACUACUCUUCUCGUAGCCUGUUGUACCUCGUUUGUUCUCAACGCGUAUAAUUUUCUAUUUCUCCAAAAGUACGCUAUUUAUAUUUGGUUUGCUUUGGCUCCGUUGAUCUGGGCUGUAGUUCCCUUAAUGGGAGCAGCCUGGGUUACAAAGACGUACUUGCAGUACAAAUUGGUUGUGGUGAAUGCGUGGGUUGAUAUCCCGGAUGAACAUGAACUCGAGGCUCGUGAACAUGCGUCCUUACAUGAGGGUCAUUCGGCGGUGAACAGAUUGAAGAUGCCGGUACGAAGAAUGUGGGGAUCAAUCGUUGGUAAAACUACGAGGAGAGAAAGUGGUGUCAAGACUUCAAAGAAGGGAAGUGACUACGAGAAGACAGAAAAURAUGAUGAGGAAUUAGAGGAAGAACAAGUGAAGAAAUUAGAUUAUAUAAAUGAAGAAGAAAAAAUGCAAGAGAAUAAACAAUUUAAUGACAAGAAAAAUGAAGUUUCAAAAAGAAUGAAGCAGCCUGGAAAAUUGACAACAACGAGACGAAACAGUGAAAUCAUCGUUGGCUUUUCAUCGAAGGAAAACGACUCCAAWCAACAACCAAGACGGUUGAGCUCCUUCGCUAAAAUUCCCGCCAAAACACAACCACCGCCUACCAUACUCUUGACUGAUUUUGACCGCGAAAAUAUAAACCGUUCACCACCAAAACCCUUCCGACUCAAACCUCUCUCGUCUAAAAUAGAAGACUCUUCUCUUAUCAAACCAUCGACACAUAAAUCAAUGGAAACCCCUCAACGUGGUGAUACUGUUGUCGAAGUUCACGAUUCUCGACCUGAUAAACACCAAAAUCUAGACGUUUGUGUAAAUAUAGAACCGAAUAGCGAUAAUGAAAGUACAGAAGUUGCUCAAGGAUUGGAAGAGCUAGACCAAACGGACGAUGAGCGCUGUUCAAAUUUGGGGUUUUCACGCUCUAGUUCAUCAAGUUCGCUGUCAUCUUCUAAUGAAGCCGUGGUAGAAAACAUAAACGAUGAAAACGGUUGCGAGAACAUUGAAGAGAAUCCAGGCACCAAUAGGCACUCUUUAUUGAAGGCUGUGCCAAGCCCUUCUGAAGUGGACUCUGAGAAAAGCAGCUUAAAGGUUCCUGGGACCGAAUCAUCAGAUGGAGGGCCUCGCAACAAACCUAAUUUCCUGACUGGAAUGUCAAAAACGUUUCAUAAGUGGCGCACAAAAACGAAGAAAAAAAGGAAUUUCAACUACGAGAAGUAUAUUAUCUAUCUAGAGAGCAUUUUACCGACUGUGGGGUUUUCUGUUGGCGGGGUGAUUAUAGAUUGGAAUGGGAUUUAUACCUUUAUUGUUAUUAUGACAUUCUUGGUGGGGGUCUUCGCACAAGAAGCAUUCUUUGGUAAAUAGUAUAUUGUGAGCUGCAGCGGUUAAUUUGGAACUCGAAAAGGGUCUAUUGAAAAGCAGCACUUCUCAAAACAGCAGCAACAGCAUAGACAUCUUCUGAUGUAGCGAACAUGGUACAUUGUGAUCUUUUGUUCAUCAUGCCUUAUAUGGUGGUGUUUGUACCGAAGGUAGACCACAAUGCAUCAUGUUUACCGAACUCAGAUAAAGUCUAUGGAUGUUUCUUGUAUUAUUACCAUAUCUUAAAGGCGAUUAAUUCUAACUCUGAAAGUCAUAUUUAUUCAUUCGAAUCAUUUUUAUCAUAUAUAUAGUAUAUUUUAUAAUCGGUCAUGUACAAUUCUUAAUUUAAAGUAAUUUUCAAACAAUUGUUAAACGUCUUGUAAACACAAAUACAAAAUGGCACCAGAAAUGUUUGGAAUAAAAUUGUGAAUAGGCUGUGCACCAUCACGUGAUGGCAGCCAUGACAGGAGGCAUAACAAUAAUAGAGUACGUUUUCCCUGGGAAAUUGAAAUUCUCACGUAAAUCUGAUUAAAGCAGAGUCCGUUGUUCCUGCCGCCUGUCAUGGCUGCCAUCACGUGAUGCUAGAAAGCUCUAUAUUUUAUAUGCAUAUUAUAAGACUAGUCACGUGACCGACGAUAAUACAUUAUGUCCUGUGUAAAAUGAUUAUACUGAUCUUAUUAAAUUGUGUCACGUGACUGGCCUCGAAAAAGCCAUAUUUUUGUAUUAAUAAUAUUCUUUGAUAAAAAUAAAUUAUUCAUUCCUACAAA